UAAGGGGGAGGCAAUCUGUAGCGGGUGUCUCAGGCUUUUCUAUAGCGGAGCGGACAGCUGGUUGGUGCUUGGACCACGCCGCGGCAGCAGGUCCCUCUCCACGUGCUUUCGGAGGCGCCAUGGAACUGGAGGAGUUGGGGAUCCGUGAGGAAUGUGGUGUGUUCGGGUGCAUCGCUUCUGGAGAGUGGCCCACGCAGCUAGAUGUGCCGCAUGUAAUCACUCUGGGACUCGUGGGGCUACAGCACCGAGGCCAGGAGAGCGCUGGUAUUGUGACCAGUGAUGGGAGUUCCGUGCCUAAAUUCAGGGUGCAUAAGGGGAUGGGUCUUGUCAACCAUGUUUUUACCGAAGACAAUCUGAAGAAAUUGUAUGUCUCAAACCUUGGAAUCGGACACACGAGGUAUGCCACCACCGGGAAGUGUGAGCUGGAAAAUUGCCAGCCGUUCGUGGUUGAGACUCUUCACGGGAAGAUAGCGGUGGCUCACAAUGGUGAACUGGUAAAUGCAGCUCGGCUGAGGAAGAAGCUUCUGCGGCAUGGUAUUGGGCUUUCCACAUCCUCUGACAGUGAAAUGAUUACCCAGUUACUCGCAUACACCCCUCCUCAGGAACAAGAUGAUGCUCCAGACUGGGUAGCAAGAAUUAAGAACUUAAUGAAGGAAGCACCCGCAGCGUACUCUCUGGUUAUAAUGCAUAGGGAUGUCAUUUAUGCAGUGCGAGAUCCAUAUGGAAAUCGUCCUCUAUGCAUCGGCCGUCUUAUGCCAGUUUCUGAUGUAAAUGACAAAGAGAAAAAAUCUUCAGAAACUGAAGGAUGGGUGGUGUCUUCAGAGUCUUGCAGCUUUUUAUCUAUUGGUGCAAGAUAUUGCCAUGAAGUCAAACCUGGAGAAAUUGUAGAAAUAUCCAGACAUGGUAUCAGAACUCUUGAUAUAAUUCCAAGGUCUAAUGGAGACCCGGUGGCUUUUUGCAUCUUUGAAUAUGUUUAUUUUGCAAGACCAGAUAGUAUGUUUGAAGACCAAAUGGUUUAUACAGUAAGGUACCGGUGUGGUCAGCAGCUGGCAAUUGAAGCCCCCGUGGAGGCAGACUUGGUUAGCACGGUUCCAGAAUCUGCUACACCCGCAGCUCUGGGAUAUGCGACAAAGUGUGGGCUGCCGUAUGUGGAAGUGCUGUGCAAGAACCGGUAUGUAGGAAGAACCUUCAUUCAGCCAAACAUGAGGUUAAGACAGCUUGGUGUUGCAAAGAAAUUUGGCGUGUUGUCUGACAACUUUAAAGGCAAAAGAAUCGUUCUCAUAGAUGAUUCGAUUGUGAGAGGCAAUACUAUCUCACCCAUCAUAAAACUCCUCAAAGAAUCAGGUGCAAAAGAGGUGCACAUUCGAGUCGCUUCACCGCCAAUAAAACAUCCGUGCUUCAUGGGAAUAAACAUUCCUACAAAAGAAGAGCUCAUAGCCAAUAAACCAGAAUUUGAAUGUCUUGCAGAAUACCUUGGAGCAAACAGCGUUGUGUAUCUGUCAGUGGAAGGACUGGUUUCAUCUGUGCAACAAGAAAUAAAAUUUAAGAAGCAGAAAGUGAAAAAACAUGAUAUUUCAAUUCAAGAAAAUGGGAAUGGUCUGGAAUAUUUCGAGAAGACAGGACACUGUACAGCUUGCCUCACUGGGCAGUACCCUGUGGAUCUGGAGUGGUAGCUGCCUGGACAGAUGUGUGGCUUCCAGACUACAAGGUCGUGAAGAAGUGGUUUCCAUACUGUUACUCAGUUGGUACAAAGUGGACACCACAGGCUUACGUAUGUAUACCUUAAGCUUUGAGAUUUUCUGAGGUUAUUAAAUUGCUAUAAUUGAACCAUGAAGAUUACAUGUAAUGCAACAUCUGGGGAUUCUUUUUGUACAAGGAUUAACUGUUCACCUAAGAGAAGACAGGAAGUUAGUGGCAUUUCCCAGAACCAUGCAAGAGUGGUUUAAAAGAGGCUAGAUUAGGGGUGUUCUGUACACAGGACAGGGGGCUUUAUAAAGUUUCAUGAAGAAUUUGAAUUCUUUGUGCAACGUAGGUAUCUAGUCUAUACAGUCAAGCCUGUAAUUAAGGCCUCGCUCUUAGAUCCUUCCACCCCAUACACACGUGUUGCUCUGAGGACCAGUGUACAACUCUUAAAAAAUGAAAACCUACGUGGGAAACUGAGGCAGGAGAGUCCCGAGUUCAAGGCCAACCUGGGCUUUCUGUCUCAAGAUAAAAAGCCUCUUCUGUGCCUGGGACUCCCCAUCUGUCAUUCACACACUUACUACAUAGCAGGAAUGUGCGCACUUGUCGUAGGAUGUUUAGAACUGUCGUUUUUCCCCUGCAUUUUACAGUGCAUGGUCAUUAGCUUUUGCUAAAUUAGUUUUCAGUUUCAUUGUGAUGGAGGGAAAUUUUUUUUUCUAUACUUGAUGAGAAAAUAUUUAGUCUAGCAAGUAACUUAGUGCAUUGGAAAGAGAAAGUUUUAAUUUCACAGAAGCCUUCAUCCUUAAUUUGAUUAAACUUGGCUGUUUGAGUGCUUGAUCAUUCACAGUAAUGUAUACUUGUAUGCAUAUCUACAUAUGAUUUAAACAGGGCAAAUAGAAACAUAAUAGGGCUGAUUUUGUUAAAACUAAGGGGGCAGCCACUGUUUGGGGAAUUAGAUGCCUGUACCCAAGCGUUAGCUCAGAAUCAUGUUUUUUCUACUUUGUUAGGUAGGUCUAGUGACAUUUUUAAUUUUUUUUUAUGACACAGAUUUAGUAGAUUGAGGUGGUUUACUAACUCCUGUUUGUGUAAGAUUUUUUCACAUGGAAAAAUAAUUAUUUCUAUAUUGUUGCCAAAAUUUGCUAUAUACUUUCCAAACCCACUUAGAAAUAUAAUAUUUAUUAAUAACUGAAAUUAUUAGUCUACAUUUGGUAUAGUAUCAUGUGUUACAUAAUGGCAGGUCAAGAUAAAAUGUUACUACUUUAAGGUCAUGUGCUGCAGUGCCUGAAGUUAUCCUGUGGCAUGGACACAGGCAGAUUGGCAUUUCACAGCCCUGGGGUCAUUUCAGUGACUGCAGCCUCUUAUGUUAAAUGCAUUUCCCAGGGCAGCAUGGAGGGGUAAGGCCUUUAGGUCAAUUUUUAAAUGGCCUUAUUUAAAUUUGAUGUUUUACAAAGAAACUCAGGGAAGGGACUACAACCAAAAUCUCUAAUUUGACUUUUGUGUUUUCCAUGGUUUUUAUUUUGUCUUAUUGGAAUACUUUUAUAAAGGUAAAUAAUAACCAAGGUUGUCUGUAUAACUUUCUUAAUUAUUUCUUCAUUGUUACCUUUUAUUUUACAAGUUUCUGAAUAUGGGUUAACACUUUUUUUUAUCAGUUUCAAGCCUUGUUUUAUCUGCUUUAAAUGUAUAUAACUAGAGUACUAUAUGCUGAAAAGAUGAAAAAUGUGUUUGAACACAAUUAACGUCCCAAACUAAUGUAAGCCUACUUUCUGUGUUUUUUGUUUUUUGGUUUUUUGGGGUUUUUUUUUUGAUUCUUUUUUUGCAACAAAUAUAUGUAAUAAGUGUGUUUAUAUGUGUGCUUUUAAAAAAUAGUAGUAAUCAGUACAUUAUGGUGCGCAACAUGAAGAUAGCACCACGUUCCAUACCUGGCACCAGCUGGUGAGAUCUUAUUUCUCUGAUUCAGGCAUUUUAAUAAAUAGUCCAUCUCCUGUGAGCUGGGCAACCACAUGCCAAGUAGGAGGGCAGUUAAAGUAAUUGGAAAAUAAAAUGUCAAGUCAA